UCUCCGAGUAUGGGUAAAGGAGGUCUGAUGACCCAGAUUCCUUUCUGGAAGUGGUUGGGGUCUCAGGGAGUGUUGGGUGUGAGGGGCCAGGAUAGAGUCCCUUCUGACUGACUUACACUUACACAGUGGCCUUGGCCUGGUUUGUUUCUCUGGGCCUUCCAUUAGGGGUCAGUGUGUGUGUCGGGGGCAGGGUAAGUGCUGUCACUGAGUGGGGAGGGUGGCAGCUGUGGUUCACUCACAAUUGGAGGAAAGGAUUCAGGAAGUACUCACAGCUGCUCAGACAUCCUGGAGCCAAGUUCCACACAGGGCCAACACUGCAGCAUGUAGGGAGAAGCGUCAUGGACCCCAGGAUGGCCACAGGCAAUGAGGCCACAGCAUCACUGCCGGCGCUGGCCCUCACGGGGUCCAGGGUAAGUCUUCACAGCACUUGAGUUAGCAGCUGGCCUGGGCCCGCACGGAAGAGGAUUUCUUCUGGAACUGAGUGUGAGGGAGCUCCCGGUGUAUCACCAAAGGGCUGAGAUUCUCCGGCUUUCAGAGCAAACCCUCCCAUCUAAACUGCACUCUCCCAAACUCACUCAGAAAAAGAAGGCAAAUGCAGCAUAUCCUCCUCCCCACAGGCCCUGCAAAGGCAUCCUGGCUUCUGUGCUAACCUGUGGAUGCCCCUGCCCCCACCUUGCCCAAAGCCGACUCUUGCCCAAGGUCCCUCAGGGGAGGAGCCAACUCCUCCUGCAUCCACUGGAGGGGGAGCAUGAGUGUACAGUUGCUCCUGAUAUCUGUAGGUGUUGCCAGAGGGUCAGGGCUGCCUGGCUCCCUCUGAAUAAUGCUUUCUGCCCCCUCCUCCUCACCUCUUUCCAAGUCCCAGGAGUCAUGUGCUCACAUCUUCCUGGGCGGUGCUUGUCAGUGGGGUUGACCAUGGCCCUUGGAGGCCUGAAGAGAUUUAGAAAAUAGAGGUCGUCUGAGAUCCCAGCCGAAGGGCCUCAUGGGGGCACUCAAUGGUUUGGGGCGGUGCCACCCAGGACCUCAGCCUUAGAAGACCAAGAAGAGUGGCCUGUGGAACUCAGGGCACCUGUGAUCACCAAGAGCACCCCUGUUUCAGAUGGAGAGCUAAGGCUCUAGAUCACCCACGUUGUUAAUUGUGCAACUGGUACUACGCGCAGGACAUGGAAAUAAUGGUGAUUGGGGUGGUGGCAGUACUCCUCGUAGUCACCGUGGCCAUCGCUUGUAUUCUCUGCUGCUUCAGCUAUGACUCGAAGACCCAGGAUCCUCAGGGAGGCCCUGGCCACAGCUUUACGGUGGCCACAUUUCGCCAAGAGUCUUCUCUCUUCACCAGGCCUGAUAGUCAAGCCCAGCAAGUGCCGAGUGCCCAGGACUUCUGGACCAUCAUGUGAGCCCUAACAGUCCUUCAGGAUUUCUUUCUCCAUGGAUCAGACCCACCAUCCCCCUCAUCAAGCCUUCCCUGGGGUUCCCAUCCUCCCAGGCCUGCCUCCCUAUCCUCCUGUACCUCAUGAACUUUGGGUCUCCUCCCUUCCUGAGUUGCUGUGCCCUCAGGCCUGGGGGAUCUGAGGUGUUGGGAGCAAGUGGGAAUCAGCUUCAGUCCCGGAGAACUUGGCUAGGCUCUGCCCACCAGAUGGGCUCAGGAGGGGUCUGAGGAGGCGAGAACAGACACCAUAUGGGAUUGCUUGGAGGGCCAGCUCCGCAGAAAUAUCACUGGAAUUUGUUGUCAACACAGUGGUUCUACUGCCGCCGAGGAAGCAGUGUUUUCAAGUGAACAUUUUUAGAAACCACUUCUUAUGGACUCCAGCUUCCCUAAAAGUAUUUUUUGCAUACUGCACAGGGCCCAACCCUAAGGCCUCCCCCCUCCACCAGUUGGCUGAAAUCAGCUCUGAAAUUUUGAAGCAAAAGAGCUGCUUCCUGGAAACAAGUGAUUUAUUUUCUAACUGAGGAUGUAUAUCCUUUUAUGGAUCUUUCCAAAUCUGGUUUGGAAAACUACAAGAGGAAACAAGAAAAAAAAAAAGUUACAGAAAGUACAAGAUAUUUUAUUAACAGGAAAGCCAGAAAGAAGACUUUUAAACAUAUUUUGAAUGAGAUUUUACUCCUGUAGUCUAACAGGUCAUUUCUAAGAGAAUGAGAGUGAAUUGGGUCACUUAGGAAUGAGAGAAAAAUCAUGAACUGAAGCUAAUUCCAAAAAGGUUAAAAUGUCAUGUUAUAUUCACAGCAUGUAACAAAGCUUUUGUUUUCAUCACAAAUAAAUAAACUGUUUUUUAUUACUAGAAAA